AUGGGCUAUGUCGCGACCUUUUUUCAAGUCCACCGGAAAAUACACACAAGAAGCGCUAGCAUGUCGGUAUGCGCAUUACAAGCCGCCGGAUUGCGACGGCCCCUCCGAGCCCCGGCCCCGGCCCCGGCGCGAACAUCGGCAACGGCUCUCCGGAUUGUGACGGACCUUCGCGGCGGGCACAGACAGUCAUUAGUAGGGAGCCAAUUCUUCAAGCGGAGCUUCCACAACUACUUCGUGACCCACCUCCCUUCGUCAUCACUACACCCGGACUCCCGGUCGUCAGCCGGUCCGGGCCACAAACUACCCAGGUCCGCCUCAACACCCCACACCCCGGCGCCGGGGUCCGCUCCGGCCGUGGCCCCUCCGAACAUGCCCAGCCGCGACCUGACCGUCGUCCGAAUACCUCUCCGGAGCGCCAAGCACCACUUCGGCGUCUCCGAAUCCCGCGGACAGCGCUGCUACAACGAGGACACAAACCAGGCCGGGACAAUUCGGAUCCCCGCCUUCGCGAAGAGGGUGCCCGUCAGUUUGGUGCGCCACCAGGCCGCAAGAACCGCCGGGGAGGGCACCAGCGCCGACAGCGCCCUGGGGGAUCCGCAGAUCUUCUACUUCGGCGUCUUCGAUGGCCACGGCGGUAGCGAGUGCAGCCAAUUCCUACGGGAGGAGCUGCACGGGUAUAUCGAGGAGGCCGCUGCCGAGUUUGGGUUAGAGAGCAGUCUCAAGAGGGAGCCCGGGGCGCCCGAUUCAAUGAGAGAUCCUGAGACCGUGUUCGGCCAGCGGGAUCCCGCGCCACAAUUCGCGGGCGAGAACCAAAACCAAGAGGCCGCGGCCGACACCAACUCGGAAGCGUCCCGGCUACAAUCCGACCUCCUCGCCGAAUACAAGCGCACAAUCGGCGGUUACUUCCGCCGCUUCCGCCCCAACUACUUUACCGCCCCAAUGGCGCCGCGCGACCCGUCCUUUUCGCUAUCCGAUCCCUCCUCCUCCUCCCUAUCCGAGCCCUCGCAUUCCUCUCGACAACCCCCCCAAUCCUCUCUAGCAGCAUCCCUCGAAUCAGUCCUCACCUACGCCUUCCUCCGCGCCGACCUCGACUUCGUCACCGCCCAAGCCCGCAAGCCCGACCCCGACGACCCCUACGUCUCCGACAUCCCCCUCAACGAGGACGAAAUCCUCGGCUCCCCACACCUCCCCCCCUCCGGCCACGGCAUCGGCGGCCCAGCCCGCUUCAAAGGCGGCUCGACCGCCUCCGUCGCGCUCAUCUCCACGCCCACCCCCUCCCCCUUCUGGCACCCGGCCGCGCACUCCACCCUGGUCGUCGCGCACGUCGGCGACACCCGAAUCCUGCUCUGCGAGACGGCCACCGGCCGCCCCUACCCGCUCACCUCGGACCACCACCCCUCCUCGCCCGCCGAAUCCCGCCGCCUGCGCCGCUACGUCACCGACUCGGUCGUGACCGACUCCUUCGGCGAGGAGCGCAUCCAGGGCCUCGCCAACAGCCGCGCCUUCGGCGACAUGCAGAGCAAGCGCAUCGGUGUCUCCGCCGAGCCCGACGUUGCGCGGCUGGCGCUGCGCCCCGCCGAGUUUUCGUUCCUCGUGUUGAUGAGCGAUGGGGUUAGUGGGUCGCUGGGGGAUCAGGAGAUCGUGGAUGUGGUCAAGGAGGCGGCGACGCCGGAGGAGGGGGCGAGGCGCGUGGUGGAGUAUGCCACGGAGGUGUCGGCGGAUGGGGAUAAUGCGACGUGUCUUGUGGUGAGGCUGGGCGGGUGGGAGAGGAGGAGUGAGGGCGGGGUGGGGAGUUUGGGGACGAGGGAGGUUAGGGAGAUGAGGAGGGCUGAGGCGGCGGAUCCGAGGAGGAGGGGGCGGCGGUGA